UCAAAAAAAAGUUCCUAUUGGUUUGAGAACGUACAAAUUUCGCAGUGUUUAAUUUUUUACUGCUUUUGUUAGUUAGGCAAAUUAGUAUUUGCCUGUGUUGAAACAAAAUUUGUUUGUAAAAAUAAACGGAAAAUGUUAAAAUUGCUUUGUGUCGUACUGUUAUAUCUCCAGUCUUCGGCUGAGCCCAGAUCUCCAAGAAUAUACAAUGUACUGAUUAGUUCUAAAAAAAAUCUUUCACCUAGUCAUGCCCAACCUGUUUAUGAACCUGUAUUAAGAACAACAUCUAUCGGAUAUGCCUUUCCUACUUUGAUUUACCAUUCGCCAUUCGUACCCGGCUUUCCUUUCACAUAUAUUCAUCCCGGAUUUCCUGAAAUAAGAAGAGUCGAAACUUCAUAUUUUGGACAAGAAUCGCCAAGAUAUCCAUUGCCCUUUUCAUACAAUCAAAAGGUAGACAAUAUUCCACAACCUAAUCUGCAACAGACCUCCCAAAGAAGCAACUCUGAAGGAUAUGCAGAAAAUUUUGACAAAUACCUCCCCAAAGAUAACGGAAACGCCCCAGUCAAUAACAGGGUUUCUAUAGACCGGGUUCAAGAUGAGGCAGACCCUAAAACCGUCGUUGCCAAUUUAAAAACAAAUCCUGAAAUACCAGACGUCCCACCACCACCUCUGCCUGUAAAGACUUCGCCGACGAAAUAAGGGUUUAAUAAAACUAUUUUAAAUCCAAUUUUUAU